UAAAAUCGUGUAUAUAUAUUCUCAAUUCUCCGUGGCAAAAAUAUACAGUUAAUUCUAAGCUCUUGCAAAUAUUGGCAGAUUUUUUAAUUGCAAAAUGAGGUUUAGUAUUUUAUUCGGAUUAUUAUUUUCCCAUCUCCUUGUGUCGGGAAUUGUUGCGGCCGCCCCCACCAACAACACUUGCACCCUAAAUGGUAUAACAGUCCAGGUGGGAGAGGAGUUUUUAUUGACGGGAGUUUGUCAGAAACUGUUAUGCUUUGAAAACAACAACAUUGGAGCUGUCGGCUGUGCCGAGGUUGCCUUUCCCCCACACUUGAAUUGUACAAAAACUGUGGAUUUGUCAAAGCCCUAUCCCGAUUGCUGUCCCCAAUUUAGCUGCAAAAAAUUGCCAGCAUAUUAUUAGAUAUAAUUUCUUUAAUUUUUUAAAUAGUAAAUUUUGAGAAAAA